AUCACAUUCAACUACAGCACCUAUCAUCCAGCAGUAGAUCAAGAUGCCAGAAAUGAGCAGUCUUCAUCUGAACACUCCUCUAAGAGACAGCGUGCCUAUGUCCAAACUAGCUGGUACCAAAGUGUAUCUAAAACUUGACAAUGCCCAGCCAACAGGGUCCUUCAAAAUCCGUGGAAUUGGACAUCUCUGUAAAACAUGGGCAGAACGAGGCUGUAAACAUUUUGUAUGUUCUUCAGGAGGCAAUGCUGGCCUGGCAGCCGCUUAUAGCGCCCGCAUGCUGUCCAUCCCUGCCACUGUUCUCGUGCCAGUUACUACUCCAAGCUUCACCAUUCAGAGAAUCAGAGAUGAAGGUGCUACUGUCUGUGUGGUGGGAGAGAUGCUCGAUGAUACAAUUGAGCAUGCUAAGGAGUUGGUGAAGAAUAACCCAGGAUGGGUGUACAUACCUCCAUUUGAUGACCCUUUAAUAUGGGAAGGCCACACUUCACUGGUAAAAGAAAUGAAGGAAAGCCUUCUUUCAAAACCAGGAGCAAUUGUUCUCUCAGUUGGUGGUGGUGGUAUGCUCUGUGGAGUAGUCCAAGGUCUCCAGGAAGUGGGAUGGAAUGAUGUUCCCAUAAUUGCAAUGGAAACAAAAGGCGCUCACAGUCUUCAUGCUGCACUAGAGGAAGGAAAACUAGUGACUCUUCCAGAAAUUACCAGUGUGGCUAAGACAUUGGGAGCCAAGACCGUCGGCGCACAAACACUUAAAGUGGCUAAAGAACAUCCCGUAUUCUCGGAGGUCAUCUCUGACCAAGAUGCUGUGAUGGCCAUUGAGAGGUUCCUAGAUGAUGAGAAAAUGCUUGUUGAACCAGCGUGUGGAGCUGCCCUUGCUGCGGUAUACAGUGACGUGAUUGGGAAGCUGCAGAAGGAGGGCAAGCUGAAGACAGACCUCUCAUCUGUGGUCAUUAAUGUGUGUGGUGGGAACAACAUCACUCUCAAACAACUCUUCCAACUUAAGGAGCAGUUGGGCAUGGAGUAUGUCAGUGCUGCAUAGGAAAAGACCGUGCUUGCUAAACAUUCGGACUAAGUCACUGUAUCAGUCUGCAGGGAAUCUCGUCAACUCAAGGCAUAGGAAGAACUGUCAAACAUGUUCUUUCCAAACAAAAUUCAGGUUCACUGUUCAAUAUAGGAGUAUGGCAUUAUCUGACAUCCCUAAACUUGUCCUCAGAUGGCUGUGUUGCUGACAGAAGGUGAUGGUUACUGAAUGCCAGUAACGUGUAUGUAACUCUGUGCUACACAUCAGUACUCCUCAUCUGACCUUAUCCUCUAGCAUCCAGAGACCAGGACAGUUUUAGUAGAGCUGUAGAACCCUUUGUUAGAGUAUAGCAUGGAUUGUAAUGAGAAGAAUACUGUAUUUAUGUAGGUAUUACAAAGACCACAGAUGUAUGAGAAAGCUAAUAAAGGCUAGCUGAAAGGAAAUAUUUCAAUGUAACCACUACCUCUAUAUUAUGUGAAACAUUACUGUGAAGACAU